GUAACGAAGGCGCGGAUAAAUUUGCGUGACGAAUGGGCUGACGCACUGGAGCGAUCCUAUGCGCGGCUCAAGGCGCGUGUAGAGAAGAACGUUGAUCUCGACGACGCGAUGCGCAUGGACCGUCUCCCGGACCAUCUCCUACUCUCCAACCCCCCAGACGCCCCCACCCUCUCCUACGCCUCCGCCCUGCUCGACCGGCUCGACAAUCCUCACAAGCCGACCGACGGGCUCACCUGGGCGCAGAUCCUCGCCGAGGAGCCGCUCGAGGGCGAGCACUGGGCGCUCAGCGCGGACAGCGAGAGCGAUAGCGACCUCAGCCCGUGGGACGACGACCCGGAGCUGCUGCGCGAGCGCGCGUCCGCGUCGAGCGCCGCCUCCGAAUACGAGGCGUAUGGCGAAGACGACGCCGAUGUGGAUAAGGGUGAGGAUAAGGAAGGUGAGAGGGACGUCGAGCUCGCGAUCCCCCAACGGUACGACCACCGCGACAAGAUCGAGGAGAUCCAGGCGCAACAAUACUGGCGCGCGGACUGGAAACCCGACCUCGACCUCGAUAAAGAAUUUGACAUCGGGGACCCGCCGGCGUACAAGAUUGGCGGGCCGAGCAGCGAGAAAUAUAUCUACGAGCACGACGCGGUGCGCGAAGUUCUCAUGGCGCUUCAGGGCCGCCAGAACCUCCUUUUCUCAUGGACACACCAAGGCGGGAACACUUUUUCGUUCACCCCCUCCCAGACCGCUCCGCGCCUAGCGCACUAUACGCUCAACGCGCAGCUCUCCCUCCUGCGCUCGUUCGCGAACACCGCGACGACCGUGCACCACCUGCGCAAGUUCGUCGCGUCUGUGUACUCGCGCCCGGGAAGGGUGCGGACGAUCGAGGCCUUCGCGGAGGCGGUCGAGCGCGAGCUGUGCAGGUUCGAGGGGUGGUGCGCCGCGCGGGAGGAAGACAUCGUCCUGGCGCAGAAUGGCUUGGAUGCGGGCUCACCCAGGACGGUGGUAAGUCUGCUCAGCCUGGAGAAGCGGCUGCGAGACGAGUUCGGGCGCGCGUACGAGGUCCUCCUGGACGUCUCGCGGCGGGCAAUGCGCCGCGCCACCUCGCGCAGCGCGCACGCACACGCCGACGACGACACCGACGAAGUGUGGAUCCUGUCCGAGCUGCCGACGCGUGCGCCGCCCGCGCUCGUCGCCGCCUUCCUGCUCGACGCGCUCUUCGCCAGUGCGCAGACGUUCGCGGGGAUGGGCGACACGGUCGUUCCGACCGUGCUCCUGCGGGUGUUUGCGCGCGCGGCGGCGCCGGUGUGGGCGAUGAUGCAAGCGUGGGUGGGCGCGGGGCGCGUGGAAGCGGAGGAGUUCUUCGUGGAGGACAACGAGCUCGUGCUCGCGGACCCCGAGUUUUGGGGGGAGGGGUAUACCGUGCGUGGGGAAGGAGAUGAGGGGAGGGCGAGUGUGCCGGGGUUCUUGGAGGGGGUGGUGGGGAUGGUGGUCAGCGCGGGGAAGAGUGUGGGGUUGUUGAGGGCGCUAGGGCUUGAUGUGGACGGUGUGCAUGCGCGGGCGGAGUGGAGGAGUUUCUCUGCGGUGCUUGACGGUGAGGUGGGAGAGGGGCAUGUGUCUGCCGACGUGCUCUCGCAGGUGGUGUACGAUGAGCUGGUGGCGCCGUGCCGCACGGCGCAAACGUCGCUCACGCGAGUGCUCUUCGAGGAGUGCGAGAUGAUGCGACAUUUGGGCGCUGUUGAGAAUUUGUACCUCAUGAUGCGGGGAGAUGAUAUGACGCAUUUCGCGAACGUUCUCUUUGGCAAGAUGGACACCGGACAACAAUGGAGCGACUUCCACUUCCUGAACACCUCCUUCAGCGAGAUCGUCUCCUCCCAUCCAGGCCCUGCGCGAUGGAUCGACUCGGCCCUCGUACGCCUCUCCUACCGCGGCACACGGACAACCAACCGUACCGUCAGGGCACUCGAGGGUCUACAGGUUGAGUACGCCGUGCCCUUCCCGCUCACGUACGUCCUCGGGCCAAGGGUGCUGAGCGCCUACAAUGUGUUGUUUGUAUUCUUGCUCCAGUUGCGCCGGGCGAAGGGCGUGCUGGAUAGUAUCCUGGUGUUCUAUGCAAUGCGGAGCAAGUUGUCUUGGUUCGUCAAUACGCUCUUGAAUUUCGUAGGGACACAUGUCCUCCAUGCUCAAGUAGCGCUCCUACACACUGCAGUCCAUAAGGCUGAAUCCCUGGACGAUGUCAUCCGGCUUCACGAAGAGCACCUCGAGAAGAUCUGCGGACGCUGCUUCCUGCGGGAAAACACUGCUGCCCUACACCGAGCUGUCACGUCAGUGCUUGACAUGAGCCUGUACUUUAGCGACUGUUUCGUCGCCUUCGCAGGCGACACCACACAUGACAUCUCCCGGGCGUAUUUGCUGCUGACCCGGCGCCAUCGCAGUCGUCAACAGAGGCGUCUACGGCGAAACGUCAUCGGGUUUUCGCAGUCAUUAAUCAGACCGGAAGAUGACUCUGAGUCCGAUUCCGACGAAGACGGCGAGAUGGCGCCAGAGCCUUCGUUCUCUGUCGCAGCGUCUGUUUCUCUCGCAGAAGAGGGUUUCUUCAUUCGCCUCGAUAAGAUGUCGUCCGACUUGGAUGGGUUGGUAAAGUUUAUACGCCGAGGUGUCGAGAGUUUGGCGGCUGGAGCUGGGGAGUCGGGUCAGGUAUUUGGUGUCCUUGCUUUCUCCUUGGAGGACUGGGAUAGGUAGAGAAGCAUAGUUGUGAUAAGAUGUACAGAUACAAGGAUUAUUUGGAUACUUAUGGACUCAUAUGAUUCUUGCGAACCUCCCGGGCAUGUCAGCCGGCUCAUCAUUUAGCACUGUACCAUACCUUGCCCAAAGCCAAAGAAGGUGGGGGAGGGUAUUCUUUACCAAGCGAUCCUCACUUUUCCAAUCUUGAUGAUAACAGGCAAGUGACCUGUCCACUUGCUUCAUUCCAGUACACUCAACCCACCUUUUCUAUCCACACGUCGGUUGAUACCACCGAGCAGUAUCUUUGUGAGCUUCUCAACGGUCAGUUGGCC